AUGGGCAACCAAGCCUCCAAGGAGGGUGGCGGCUCCUCCGGCGAAGGACCUUUCCAAUCGUACCCCUCCUUUAGCAGGUCCGACACCAAGGAAUCGUCGCGGUCUUUCCGCUCGCUGCGGUCCAAGAUCCCCGGCAGCGGCAAGACCGACAGCCCCAGGAAUUCCGCGAUCUUAUCGAGCAAUGACUCCCCCGCCGACAAGGCCCUCGACGGCGCCUCUGUACGGUCAGGACGAAGUGCCCGCUCGAGCAUAUCUCGAGCCAGUCGCAGCGAUCUGCCCCCGCUCAAGCACAACUCUACCGACCUAUCCCACAGCGAUUCCGCCAUUUUCGAGAACCAACCCCCGCCCUCGCCCGUGUCAUCCAGCGCUCUCAAGGGUGGCAAUCAUGACGUGAGUGCUGCACAAGCCUCUGGCGAGGUCGACCACGUCUCCGACCAGCCGCCCUCGGCCAACGCCAGCAUCCACACCCACAUGCAGCCCCCCGGCCAGUCGAUUUUGAUGAAGCGGGAGAACACUACAAACCUGGUGCAUAAGAGACCUUCAACGGACUCCACCGGCAAGGGCGAGGCGAAUGGGAACGUCGCCAUGGCGGAAAUCAAAGACAUUGAUCUCGACGAUUUCAUCAAGCGCCUGCUUGAUGCGGGGUAUGCUGGCAAAGUGACCAAGAGCGUGUGCCUCAAGAACGCCGAGAUUGUGGCCAUCUGCCAGCGUGCCCGCGAGGUCUUGCUCUCGCAGCCGGCGCUCUUGGAGCUGGACGCGCCCGUCAAGGUUGUGGGCGACGUCCACGGGCAGUACACUGAUUUGAUUCGCAUGUUCGAAAUGUGCGGCUUUCCCCCCAUGGCCAACUACCUCUUCCUCGGAGACUAUGUCGAUCGAGGGAAGCAAUCGCUCGAGACCAUCCUACUACUCCUCUGCUACAAGCUCAAGUUUCCCGAAAACUUUUUCCUCCUCCGUGGCAACCACGAAUGCGCCAACGUCACCAGAGUCUACGGCUUCUACGACGAGUGCAAGCGACGGUGCAACGUCAAGAUCUGGAAGACGUUCAUCGAUUGCUUCAACACGCUGCCCAUUGCCGCCAUCGUGGCCGGCAAGAUUUUCUGUGUCCACGGCGGCCUGUCGCCGGCCCUGAGCCACAUGGACGACAUUCGAAACAUCGCGCGCCCAACUGACGUUCCCGACUACGGGCUGCUGAACGAUUUGCUCUGGUCGGACCCCGCGGACAUGGAGCAGGAUUGGGAAGCCAACGAGAGGGGCGUGAGCUAUUGUUUUGGCAAACGAGUCAUUACCGACUUUCUGGCCGUCCAUGACUUUGACCUCAUUUGCCGGGCGCACAUGGUUGUCGAGGACGGCUACGAGUUCUUCAAUGACCGAGUCUUGGUCACAGUGUUUAGCGCGCCCAACUACUGUGGGGAAUUCGACAACUGGGGCGCCGUCAUGUCGGUGUCAUCUGAGUUGCUCUGCAGCUUCGAGCUCCUGAAACCACUCGACUCGAGCGCUCUGAAGAGCCACAUCAAGAAAGGGCGCAACAAGCGGCAGCAGAUGCUGAACAGCCCUCCGGCAAGCGUGCAACCCCAGAGUGUCUAA